AUGGCGAGACGCACCCUCGCCGUGCUCGCCGAGUCGGAGAAGCAAAUCCUCCACGGCGUGGACCUGACCAUCCGCCAGGGCGAGGUGCACGCCAUCAUGGGCAAGAACGGCAGCGGGAAGUCCACGCUGUCCAAGGUGAUCGUCGGGCACCCGGAUUACGAGGUGACGGCAGGGCAGGUCACCUUCAAGGGCCAGGACGUCCUCGCCAUGGAGCCAGAGGAGCGGUCACACGCCGGCAUCUUCCUGUCGUUCCAGUCCCCCAUCGAGGUGCCCGGCGUUUCCAACGUCGACUUCCUGCGCAUGUCGUACAACGCGAGCCGGAAGGCCAAGGGCGAGGACGAGCUGGACCCGUUGGAGUUCUACAGCUAUCUGAUGCCCAAGCUCGAGAUGCUCAACAUGGACGUUGCGUUCCUGAACCGCAAUGUCAAUGAAGGCUUCUCUGGCGGCGAGAAGAAGCGGAACGAGAUCCUCCAGCUCGCGGUCUUGCAAAGCGAGCUCUCGAUUUUGGACGAAAUCGACUCUGGUCUUGACAUCGACGCACUGCGCGACGUCUCGAAGGCGGUCAACGCCCUGAAGACCGAGGACAGCGCUGUGCUGAUGAUCACGCACUACCGACGCCUGCUGGAUCAGAUCAAGCCGGACGUGGUGCACGUCAUGGAGAACGGGCGCAUCGUGCAGACUGGAGGGUUCGAGAUCGUCGAGGCUCUCGAGGGUGGUGGCUACGCGGCCCUGAGCUCGUGA